UAUUAUUUUUUUCUUGUUUUUUUUUUUUUUUUCAAGUUGCCGCAAUCGUGUGCCAUUGCUAGCAGACGACGAGUAAUUCUAUCAGACGACGCGUCGUUACGCGGGUACUCCGUAGUCCUUUUUAAAAAUAAUACGAAUCGGCUUACUCUCAUUAAGGUAAUAAAAAAGCAAUAAAAUCAGUAAAAUCAAGGAAAAUGGAUGCCGAAGCGUUCUUGGAUAUGGCCAAUCAGGUCAUUAAAUUAAAAAUGUUUCCAUACUUCGACAUCGCUCAUUCUUUACUUUGUGCUCUACACGUCAGAGAGGAUUUGGGACCCGGUGCGCAAGCUUUCUCAAGAAAGCAUCCAUUAUCAUGUUGGCUCUCGACAAUGCUAGUUGUAUUUGCAAGCAGUAUGCUUUGCAACGGAUUAUUAGGCGAACCAAUUUUAGCACCAUUAAAAAACACACCGCAAGUCAUAGUCGCAACCGUUGUUUGGUAUAUAGUAUUUUAUACACCAUUUGAUAUUGGGUACAAAGUAGCUAAAUUUUUGCCAGUGAAAAUUGUGUGUUCUGGAAUGAAGGAAAUAUACAGAUGUAAAAAAAUUUACGAUGGAGUGACUCAUGCAGGAAAACUCUAUCCAAAUGCAUACCUCAUCAUGAUACUAAUUGGAACACUUAAAGGUAACGGUGCUGGAUUUACAAAACUUUUUGAACGACUCAUACGUGGAGUAUGGACACCUACCGCUAUGGAAUUUAUGCAACCUAGCUUCCCGACAAAAGCAUCCAUGGUUGCAUCAAUUAUAUUUGUAUUAGAUAAGAAAACGGCUCUUAUUUCUGCUCCUCAUGCACUGGUAUACUUUGGCAUAGUCAUUUUCUUAGUUUAUUUUAAGCUAUCUUCCAUUUUACUUGGCAUUCAUGAUCCAUUCGUACCCUUUGAAAAUCUAUUCUGCGCCCUAUUUCUGGGAGGGAUUUGGGAUUCGCUCGCUAAAUUAUUUGGCCGAGGUCAAGCAAAAGACGAUAAAGCGGACGCUAAAAAAACAAAUUAAGUAUUUACGAAAUAUUCGAAUAUCCUUUCAACUGUCUCGCGUAUACAGUUUUUAUGGAUUAUUUCUUGACGCAGAUGAUCAAUAUCUGUGAGAAAGAAACAGCAAAAGGAUGCGCUCGUUAAAUGAUAAUCAAGAUUAAGAUAAUAAUUUGAUUGAAUUUUAGUCAAAUUAUGUGCAUAGUCUUAACAAAAAAAAGACCUUUGACAAAUCGUCAAAAAACAAAAAAGGUAUACUAAUUCUUAAUCGUACGUGUUUUAAUGUUAGUCAAACCAAAGAGAAACGGCUCGUUUUAAAAAAAAAACAGUCUGAUGUAAGAACUCGAUAGACUGCUAAUAUUAAUUCUUUUUACAAAUAGACGAAAAAAUAUUUUAAAUCAUCAUAUUAACUUAUUCUUAUGUGCAAUGUUAUUGAAUAUAUAUAUAGUGUCCUGAUUUUUAACUUAACUUAUUAAUUAUUUAUUUCAAUUAUUCGACAAACUACGUUCUAUAUUUUUGUCUUUUUUCUUCUUCUUUUUCUUCUUCUUCUUUUUCUUCUACAUUUUCGUUCGUCUCAAACUAAUGAAUAUUUUUAAAAUAAUGAUUUGUUACCUGAAUUGAUAUUUCCUAUUGUAUGUUCUAUAAUACAAACAGUAGUUUUUGUACUAUUCCAUAUACAAGUGUAAAUCUAUUUAACUCCUUGCACUAUAACAACGCGUAAGACUGAUGAUACUUAUGAAUUUUACGAGCCAAAUAUAAGAAGCAUCGAAUAUAGUAUUAACUUUGGCAUAUAGUUUUACACGUUAAAUCAUAAUGCAAGGGGUUUAGAGAUUAUGCGCUUUUUAUCAUAUACAUAUAAGUGCAAAAAUUAAUCUAACAUAUGGAGUGAUUCUUAUGAAUAUGACAUAUUACAUAUACAUAUAUACAAAAAAAAUAUCUUAACAAUAACUCUACUAAAGAAAACCAAAUACUUCCUAGUAUUGCAUUCUAUACAGAAUUAAACGAUAAGAGGAACGAGAAAACUUUUAUACUACUUUGUUAAAAUUUAUAAACAAAAAAUAUGUCACAUCCACGUUAAACACUUACACCCUUAAACUUCUCAAAUACAAUAUCAUGUUUAUGAAUAAAAUAAAAUGUUUGCGAA